AUGGAGGACGGCUGGGGCGAUGUGCUCGCCGAGGUCGCGGGUGAGCCUCACCCGCCGCCCCGCGGCCCCGCGGGCGCCGCGGCCAGAGGGCCCAGUCGGGCAGCCGCGAGGUCGGUCGCGGCGGCGGGCCGCACCAACGCCCUGGCCCUGCCCCUGUCGGAGUCAGUGAGGCUGCCCACCGUGCCGAGACACAUCGUCCAAUGCACGGGCAGAGGCUCGACAGAUCAGUGGCCGCUGCUCCCGUAUGUUCGCGCGGCAGCGCUCACGAUCGAGCGCCAGAGAGUAUCAGACCAAGACGUGCCAGCCAAGCUCAACCGCAUGUUGAUGGAUUCGUCGUCCGAGCUGGCUGGCCGAACCACGUCAAAGGCAUCGAUCCAGGAUUCGAUCGGCGUGACCCCUGGGAGCUACACAGAGUACGUGAUCGUCUUGGCCAACACCAUCGUACAUUUCGAGCGGGACCAGAAGCUUGCGCUGGAGUGCUAUUUGGCAAAUACGGUCCCCAAGGAGAACUUGCUCCACUACGUCGAGGCGGUCAAGUACGACGAGACCCCGAUGAAGCUGUCAGUGAACGAUUCGUUCCAAGCACGUGGUCGUGGUGCAGUGGGCUCUUCCGAUCAGCAGCAGCAGCAGGUGGCCGUGUACCACAUGGAUCGAUCUCGACAGUGGGGGAAGCCGAAGUUAGAGAGAACUGCCAUCAAGCUGCUGCAGAGCUCGUCGAGGUUCGGGUACCUUCUGAGGACCAACGCGGGCGAGUACGUCUGCAUCGUCGGCGCGCCCAUUGCUCCGCUCCAGUGGCUGGAUCGGAACGCUGGGGAGUGUCUUCGAGAGGCGGACCAACGUCGCACCACAGCUGUUGGACGGGCUGCUAAGGACUUUGCGUGCAAGACGCGCGUGUCAGUCCUGGACGGCGCUGGCCCGAACGCCCGCUGCGAGGCGCAGGUCGGGGUUGACCGACGAGGCGACGGCUGGGGCAAGAUUGGUUUCACAUGCUCCAUACAUUGCCUCGCGAACGUAUUCACGCACACCUUCGACCUGACGGGCUCCGACGUGUCUGGCCAGAUCAAUUUUGCACUUGCCGUCAACGAGGGCUCGGGCUUCUCUUCUUUCUGUCGGAUAUUCCGUGCUGUGGUUCAACAGCGGGACCGAGAGCACGUCGACAUAUGGAUUCCCGAGGGCAUCGACAUAGACGAGAGCGAGAUCAAGAAGUCGGUGUCGGAGGCUUUGGAGGUCUUCCUCUUGGGAGCUCGAUUCACCCGGUGGCCGAGGAGCAGGUGGACGGGGUCCGGCGUUGCCAUGGACGAGUUCAUCCUACUUGACGGCAUUCACGGAUUGGGCUCUGCUGUCUGGGCUAUCUGGGCGAAAGAGAUGGCUCGGGGCUCCAAGAAGAGACCUCGGCUGGGCGAUGGCGGGGCUCUGCCAGCUGCUGCCGCUGCGCCUGCCGCCGCCGAUGGCGGCGAGGGCGGCGCCGCAGAGGCUGCGGCUGCCAGCGGCGGCGAUGGGCAGGGCCAUGGAGAUUUCAAUGCAAAGCGGCUGGAGAAUGAGUACCAUCGUAGCACCGCUGGAGAUUGGAUGGACACGUCGCCGCUUGACAGAGUGGUGAUCAUUCGGCAGGUGCUGGAGCCUUUACGUCGGACGAUGGAUUGGCACCUCGAGGUCGGCGGCAAGCACUGGGAGAUCAAGCAGAGGGGCAUGGUUGUCCAGGCUGAGUCCACGGGCGCAGCCAGUUCGACGAGCAGGACGUGGCCGAUCGUGGAGGCUGCGCUUGGCACCCCUGCGCGCGUCUUCAAGGCUGCGUGGGGCCCUCUGUUUCGCGAGCACGUGCUGUGGAAGGACCUCGCGCAGCCGUCGGCGAUGACUCGGAAGGCGCGCGCCCUCGCGUUCAAGCUUCUUUCGAGGUCUGAGUGCCAGGUUCGGGAGGCGUUCACCCAUCGACAUAGCUUGCUUCCGACUCGCAUCUUCGCCAUGAUCGUGGACCCAGCCGUUGCGCAGGAAGUGAGUGACCUCCAGGAUUGCCGCAUGGACAGCUGGACGAAGGACUUCGUGCUGCGACACAAGGACGCGGACGGAGGCAUGUCGAACCCAGCUGCGAUCGCAGAGUUGAACCUGCUUGCCGCCAUGAUCGACUUGGACAUCAAGGCUAUCGAGUCCCGCCACGCCUCGAUCCGCAGGCGGCUGAUGGUCAGGGGAGUGCAGACCCACUCGGCAACGUUCGCGGAGUCGUCGGCCGAAUGG